AUGGCGGAUCCGGCGAUGCCCUCAUCACCACCGGCGUCCGCUGGCGACGGCGAUUCAUCCACGCCUUCCGUAUCCGUCCCUCGUGUGCUCCCCUCCACAGUGCUCCUGGACACCCUGCCUCCUUCCAGCGGUAGGGCGCGGGGCCCGCGCGGCGGCAGGGCGGCUGCGGCGUCGGGGAGCGGCGGGCGAGGCGGCGGCAGGGGAAGGAAGUCCGCUUUGCCGGCUGCGACUUCAUACGGUGCAGAUGGUAGGAUGCCGGACCGGCUCGUCGAGGCGGUUAGGAAGGUGCCGGCAGACGUGGACGCGAGACUGGCAUCCGCCGACAUUCUGCAGCUGGCGUUGGCGAAGGGGCCGAUGUUCGAGUGGCUGAGCUACUGGCCGGAGAAGGGGUUCCCCAAGGAAGAUCACCCCUACUGA